UUCAAACAAAUUAUAUGCGACCCUCUUCAUACUUCCAUUACAAACAAUCAAACAAAUUUACCUAAUGAAGUCUAUAAGUGAACAAAUGAAUACUUGUAUUAACAACUUUAGUCCUCUGCCUCUUUGUUCUUUUUCUCUCCACCGCAAACUUACAAGUUUACAACACCAUUACAUUUACAUCUAUAUCAGUAUCUUAGUUUAGGACAACAACAACAACAAGAACAUGAAAUCAGAGACAUUAACACUGGUGCUGGUAAACUUAGCAGGAAUAAUGGAAAGAGCAGAUGAAUCAUUGUUACCUGGAGUUUACAAAGAAGUUGGUGAAGCACUUCACACAGACCCAACUGGGUUAGGCUCAUUGACUCUUUUCAGGUCCAUUGUUCAAUCCUCUUGUUAUCCACUUGCUGCUUAUCUUGCUAUCCACCAUAAUCGAGCUCAUGUUAUUGCUCUCGGCGCUUUUCUUUGGGCCGCCGCCACUUUCCUCGUUGCCUUUUCCUCCACCUUCUUACAGGUGGCAGUAUCAAGGGCAUUGAAUGGUAUUGGACUCGCAAUUGUAAUACCUGCAGUACAAUCCCUCGUUGCAGAUUCCACUGAUGACCAUAACCGUGGCACAGCAUUUGGGUGGUUACAGCUCACAGGAGGCAUAGGCUCAAUCCUUGGAAGCCUCUGCUCCGUCUUAAUUGCCUCAACAUCAUUCAUGGGAGUUCCUGGUUGGAGGAUCGCUUUCCAUUUGGUUGGUAUAGUCAGUGUCAUAGUUGGCAUAUUAGUACGUCUAUUUGCCAAUGAUCCUCGCUUUACUGAUCAAACUAAAAUGGCUAAUGAUGAUGAGAAUAAUGCGCGCAAGUCUUUUUGGAUUGAAAUAAAGGAGGUGUUUCAGGCAGCAAAAUUGAUUAUUCGAAUUCCAUCUUUCCAGAUUUUUGUUGCUCAGGGUGUGUCUGGUUCAUUUCCAUGGUCAGCAUUGUCAUUUGCACCUAUGUGGUUGGAGCUCAUUGGUUUCUCUCAUAAGACUACCGCGUUUCUUAUGACCAUUUUUGUGGUUUCUGCUUCUGUGGGUGGCUUAUUUGGAGGUAAAAUGGGGGAUAUUCUUUCACGGCGUUUGCCUAAUUCUGGAAGAAUAAUUCUUUCUCAGAUAAGUGCUGGUUCUGGUGUACCACUAGCAGCUAUACUAUUGUUAGGAUUACCUGAUGAUCCUUCCUCUGCCUUUUCGCACGGUGUAGUUUUCUUUAUUAUGGGACUCAUGAUAAGCUGGAAUGGACCUGCCACAAACAAUCCCAUAUUUGCAGAAAUAGUACCUGAGAAGGACCGAACAAGCAUAUAUGCAUUGGAUCGCGCUUUUGAGCCUAUACUAGCCUCAUUUGCUCCCCCAGUAGUUGGAAUUCUGGCUCAGCAUGUCUAUGGGUAUAAGCCAGCUGUAGCAGGAUCAUCAGACUCUGCAGCAAUUGAAACAGACAGAGAGAAUGCUGCAUCACUUGCCAAGGCACUGUACACUGCUAUUGGUAUCCCAUUUACAAUCUGUUGCUUCAUCUACUCUUUCCUUUAUUACACAUACCCGAGAGAUAGAGAACGCGCAAAGAUGCAAGCUUUGAUAGCAUCAGAGAUAGAGUUAAUGGAGGAUGACACUUCUCCUACAAGAGAAGUGUCUCCACUUAGAUUUUCAGAAUCAGAUGAUCCAAGUUAUAAGGAUAGAACUGUUAUUAGUAUCGAAUAUGAUAGAGAUGAUGAAGUUCCUGAUUUAGACGAAAAUGAUGAAAAGACCCUCCUUCCAUCUCAAGUACCUUUGUUUGAUUCUAAGAAACCAAUGUGAUUCAUUUGAGGUCAAUACAUUUACUUUUUUUUUUCCAAAAGUAACUUAUAUGUAAUAUAUAUUACACAGAAAUGUACAUACAUGUCAUUGAGGUUAAUCAUAGUACAUUUUUCUUCA